ACAUGCAAAUAUUAUGGAGUGCAUGUUGCUUGAUCAAGCAAAGGACUCUGAAUUUCUAUGUAAUGUGCCACAGCCAUUCGGGGGAAUUCGUUGAGCUCUGUGAUAUUGGAAGUGGAAAACUGGAGGACAAAGACAGUGUGCCGCUGGCACAUGGAAUCAGCGUUUCCAUGGGAACCCUGAUUGUUUCCAUGGGAACGCGGAUCAUGCCAACUUUCAGCUGUCGGUCCUGUUGCGUGUUUUCUGUAUUGGUUGCCAGUCUUCGGAUUGUGGUUACCUUCCUGUUGGUUGCAUUGCUCGCCUUGACGCUUCACCUGAGUAUUCCUCAUCGGUUAUCCCUCUACACUGGAUCUGUUCUUCACACAACCACGAUGCACACAAACCUACGAACACACUAUCCUCCAGAGGAUUUCUCGUGGAUCAGCUCUUCACACUACCACGAUGCACACAAACCUACAAACACACUAUCCUCCAGAGGAUUCAUCGCGGAUCAGCGCUCCACACUACCACAACACACACAAGCCUACGAACACACUCUCCAUUUCCACGCUGCAGUUGGUGCUGGGUUUCCAUCACGCAUCGCCAGCUCUGCUGUGUUUGAUAUUUAAUAAAAUCUGUUAU